AUGCCUCUUGACGUCUAUAAAGGGUUUUCCCGCAAGUCCUUCUUCGUGACGGGGGGAAGCGGCUUCAUGGGAAAAGUCCUCCUGUUUAAACUGUUGAAGGAAUUCCCAGACGUUGAGGCCAUAUAUGUCCUGAUCCGGGGAAAAAGCUCACGCAAGCUGAGGCGCUAUAUCGGACCGCAAGAGCGUCUUAAAACGGAGGUGUUGGGCUCACCCUGCUUCGAUCCGCUGCGCGAGUCCUUGGGUGCAGAUGCCUUCAAGGCGCUCAGCUCGCGUGUCAUUGGGGUGGAAGGAAACAUUAACGAGGAUCGGCUGGGCCUAAGUGAUAAGGAUUGCCAAAUGAUUUUAAAAUCGGUGCACUACAUUGUACACAUGGCAGCCACUGUCAACUUUGAUGAACGUCUUAACGUGGCUGUGGACACAAAUACGUUGGGGGCCCUGCGCGCCCUUGCCAUCGCCAAGGAGUGUCGAAAGCUGGAGGCUAUGGUGCACGUUUCCACGUGCUAUGUUAACUACAACCAUCGAGGGGGUACUGUGGAGGAAUGCCUGUAUCCGCUGCCGUUUGAUCCGGAGGCGAUGUGCAAGUAUCUUCUCUGCUUAAAUGAACAGGAGGUGGACGAGGUCUCCGCGAGGCUGUUGAAGAAGUAUGACUUCCCGAAUACGUAUACAUUCACCAAAUCGAUGGGGGAACAGUUGGUGUACGCGCGACGCGGAAAUUGUCCUGUGUCCAUUGUCCGCCCUUCAAUUGUGGGCUGCAGCUACAAGGAGCCGUUUCCGGGCUGGGUGGACGCCCUCACUGCAGCCGGGGGCCUCAUCUUGACUGUGGGACUGGGUGUGGUGCAUGAUGUUUCUGCCUGCGCGGACGCUAUUUCCGACAUUGUCCCUGUGGAUUUUGUGGUCAAUACGAUUAUCAAAGUUCUGUUCAAGACGCAGUACCAUUACAAGCGGCAGCGCGUAAAGGUAGACAACGCAGAGCAAUCACAACAGCUUCAUGUGGGCGGAACACUUCUGACCGCCUUGGCGAAGGCCGAGCUGCCGAAGAAAAGUGGCACAGCUGGUGGUGGUAUAGACAGCGUUGUGCCGUUAACAGCCAUCGCGUCACAGCACCAGCAGCAGCAACAACAACAACAACAACGACAACAAUCGCACUCACAGCCGCAGGCGGAGCAGGAUGUUGCUGUUUCCGCUCCUGUGGGUUGUUUAAUGCCAUGUGAAACACAAGCAGUUCCACUUUCAUUUGUGUACCAUGCCGCGACUUCGUCAUCGGCCAAUCACCUGACAUGGAAACGUCUUCGGGAUGCCGCACGGGUUUAUUGGAAUGGGAAGCACAAGCAUCCAAAGGCGUUAUCUUAUAUGAAAGGGGAGCUUAUUGACUCAGAUCUUCAGUAUAUGCUGCGUUUCUUUGUAUUUCGUGAGGUGCCGUAUCAGUUUCUUCGCCUUGUGGCACACCUUCCCCACCCAAUUGGGUCCAGGGAGAAGCAACAUCUCGUUGGGAAGCUUGGUCGAGCGCUGUUACGCUCGAGAGAGUUCAACCGCCAGUUCCGUGCCUUUACCAAGCACGAGUGGGUUUUUGCAACAAGACAAACUCAAUCAUUGGACGAUGACCUAAACGAACGCUCUCGCUCUGCCUUUUACUUUGAUACGUACAUGGUCAACUGGUGGUUUUACUCACAGGCAUACGCCCAUGGUAUUCUCAAAUACAUUGUGAAGGACACGGGCGGCUUUGAGUUUCCGGAACAGCCUGCCACUGCGUCCGAUGUCUUCAAGAGGGCUUCUUCGCUGUAG